UUUGUUUAUUUAAGGUAAUUUAUUUUCAAUACUGACUUGGUAUAUAUUAUUUAUAAAUAAUAUACUAAAUUAAUAUAAUUAUUUUACUAUCUUAAAUAUCAAAGGAUAAAAGGUUAUAAAAUAAUGAAAGGAGAGUGAAUGUAAUUUAAUUUAUGUUUGUUAUUCACAUAAUGUAAGAUAUCUAAGAAUUUAAACCAAUAAAAUGUCUUUCAGUAAUUGAAAAAUGUAAGAUUUUUUACCAUAACGAGUUGUAAAUUAAUUUAUUUUCUUUGUAAUUUUUAAAAAUGUUUUUUUAGUAAGAGAUUCCCUCUAUGUUUGUGUCGUCAAUAUUAGUACUUGUAUAUAAAACAUUCUUUCUUUAUCACGUUUUCAAUAUCAAAUAAAAAAAAUUGUUUAAUUAACAUAGUCAUCUAAUUAUUCAAAAGUCAUGACAAAAUUCUUGUGUUCGUAUCUGUUCAUCUCCAUGUUUGUUCUCUCAGCUUUUUUGGCUUUGCCAAAUGCACAGAAAAUAUGCAGGGUGAAUCCGAACCUUAGGAAGGCAUGCAGUUUUCAAGAAUGCACACCGCUUUGUCUUCAAAAGUACAACAUGGAUGGCAUUUGUAUCGGAAAUAACAAGAAUAUUUGCAGUUGCAUUUACGAUUGUUAAAUUAGAAUGUUGCUAAACUAGACCCAAAAUCUUAUUAUCUGGGGCGUUAAUGACCUUAACUCCAUGUAUUUGGAGGAUAUGGUCAUAUCAUAUUUGAAUAAACGUUUUUUUAUAUAAGCUAUCUGAUUUUGAAUGAAAAUCAAAUUUCAUGUGAUUGCCUGGGAAGAAGCUAGGUGCAUUUGCUAAUUUUUGGAGGUUUAAUAUUCGGCUUGGCUUGAUAUUUGAUAGGCAAGACGCUAUUUUAAAAUUGUGUGAACCGGGGUUUAUAAAACCGGAAAACUGAACCAAACCAAACCAAACCAUAAAACCGGUUUAUGACUCCGGAAACAAAACCGCGACAAAAAAAAAACAUAGAACCAAAGUAACACUCUGUCUGAAUUGGAGGUUCUAACGUCAUCAAGGUUUCAUCCUUUACGCUCCGCCGUACCCAUGGCGAGCAUCAUCAGAAGGCCGUCAAACUUGACGGCAGCCGUCGUCGGGUUUCGACUUACUCCGUUAUUUCCGUUCUCCGGAAAUUCUCUUCCCGUUAACUCGGACACAACUCGUUGCUCCGAGUUAAUUCGAGUGCCGAGUUUAGUCGAAGGCUGCGAUUACAAGCACUGGCUGGUGCUCAUGAAGCCUCCCAACGGAUACCCACCUCGAAACGACAUCGUACAAGGCUUUAUCAGAACGCUAUCCAUGGCUCUAGGGAGCGAAGAGGAAGCUAAGAAAUCGAUAUACUCUGUUUCAACAAAGUACUACUAUGCGUUUGGCUGCAGGGUUCAUGAACAUUUGACUUACAAGAUAAGAUCUCUGCCGGAUGUUAGAUGGGUUCUACCAGAUUCGUUUAUAGUGGAUGGUGGUGACAGUGGAUAUGGAGGUUUCAUUUGCUGCUGCUUAAGUUUUGCUUCUUUUGGGGACAAGAUGAGAGCCGUUCGUUGAUGGGGAGGUUGUCCCAUACGAUGAGAAGUACCAUGCGGACUGGCUACGAGAUCAAACUGAUGAGGAUGCUAAAAACCGAGUAGUCAAAAAGAAGCCUAGGAGGAAAAGAAAUAAGACGUUGAACUAACUUUAGAGGUCUUUUUUUGCUUCAGUGUGGCGUUACGCAAGCCUGAGGUUUUUUUUUUGGAAUGUGUCUUGUCUUCUAGUGUUACUACCAUUACCUACUGUAAAGAAUCAUAUGUGUAAUGAUAGAGGGAAUAAUCAAUAUUCAAUCAAACCCGA